AUGCAGUACCGUAUGAUCAUGGCCACUUUGGCCCUUAGCGUUUACGCUGCUCCCGCUCCUAUGAUCACUGGCGCUCCCUCUCUGUCUCGACGACAAGAUGAUGGCGGCGCAGGUGGUGGUAGCAGCGUUCUCAAGGAACCCAUGACCAUCGCUGCUGGCGAGUCAUUUGACGGUGGUAACGCUGUCUUUGACCGUGGUGUUUCUUGCACUGGCCAGGAAGAGGGUGGUGACUCCGACGCUGUCUUCAUCCUUGAGAAGGGUGCUACCCUUUCCAACGUCCGAAUCGGUCCUAACCAGAUCGAGGGUGUCCACUGCAACGGUGGCUGCACCCUGAACAACGUCGUCUGGGAUGCCGUCUGUGAAGACGCCUUCAGCAUCAAGAAGCAGGAAGAUGGCGAAACCACCACCAUCAACGGUGGUGGUGCCAAGGGCGCCGAGGACAAGGUCAUCCAGCACAACGGUGGCGGUACCGUUAUCAUCAAGGACUUUGAGGUCUCAGACUUCGGCAAGCUCUACCGAAGCUGCGGUAACUGUGAUUCCAUGCCCGCUCGUCACGUUGAGAUCUCUGGUGGCUCUGCCACUAGCGGAAAGAUGCUUGUUGGCAUCAACCCCAACAUGGGCGACACUGCCAAGAUCUCUGGUAUCAAGGUCACCGAUGUGCCUAAGGAGUGUAUUACUUUUGAGGGUGUCACUGAUGGCAGCGAGCCCAAGGAGGUUGGCACCUGUGAUGGUGCUGGCGGUGCUGAAUCUGGAUCUGGUGAUUCUACUGAGGCCCCUGCUACUCCUACUGCCCCUGCCGAUGACUCCGAGUCCCCUGUUGAGUCUCAAGUCGCUGAUCCCGCUCAGACCUCUGUUGAUGGUGGCUCUGACGGCGAUAACCAGUCUGGUGACAACGAGAACAAUGAUAAUAACAACGGCGACGAUGAGAAGGAUGAUGACAAGAAGGAUGAAGACGAGGAGCAGGAUUCUGGCGACAACAACAACAACCAGGAGCAGCCUGCCGGCGAUCAGAACCAAGGCGGCUUCAACGGUCAGCAGCCUCCUCAGCCUCAGUUUGGUGCUCCUCCUCAGUUCGGUGGUUCCUCCGGAUUCGGUGGCUUCUAA